AUGUCGAUUCCCAACGAGGCCCUGCAGAAGAUUCUGCAAGAGAUCGAAACCCGUGCAAUUGCCUCGCAGCAGCAGAUCGGAGUCACCAAGGCCCAGAUCACCACCAAGCAGCGUGAUAUUCGCAUGUUGCAGCUGACAUCGAAGGAGCUGUCCGAGCUGCCGUCUGACACGCCGGUGUAUGAGGGUGUGGGGAAGAUGUUCGUGAACGUCCCCAUCGACACUGUGAACAAGCGUCUUACCCGCGAGAGCUCGGAGGCAUCUUCGGAGAUCACGAACCUCGAAAAGAAGCUCCAUUACCACGAGACUACGUUCAAGAACAGCCGAGAGAACCUGGAGCAGAUUUUGAGGUCUGGAGGCCGUGCGUGA